AUGCAGUUCAACCUCCUCACUCUACUCGGCUCGGCCGCUCUCGUUGCCGCCAAUACCGUUACCUUCCAGUCCCUGGACGAUGUCGCUCGCACCGUCUACUUCACCGCUAACGCCGGUCUCCCCCCGGUCGAACCCGUCUACGUCCCGGCCGGCAGCAACGUCACGGUCCACAUCCCCUUCGCUUGGAUCGGCAACUUUCACCCUGUCUCUGAUGGUUCCGAGAACGUCACCGGCAUAAUCGGUGAGGUCGCCUUCAACGGCUGGAAUAGCCUGACCUACUUUGACGUCUCCGCCAUUAUCAAUGCCCUUGACCACAACGGCAUCCAGACGAUUUUUCCCUCCCUCGUACAGGAACCUGUCUCCGGCUGCCACGUGUGGCCCUGCAACAACGCCUACUACCUCCCCGACGACGUUCAGACCAAGGUCACCUCCGAGACCGAUCUCAUCUGCACUCUGGGCAACAACGGCGUAACCUCCCGCCGCGACGUUGACGACCAUCACGAGUCCCCCAGCUACAAGCAUGAUUUCGUUCUCGGCAAAUAA